AUGUCCGAGGUCAUGCCGACGCCCUCCAAAGGCCCCAAGGCUCCCCACCGUCACUCCAAGAGUGAAACACCCGCCCGGUCAAUCUCCAACCCGGCCGACUCAUACGCAUCCCCCGCGAGAUCGAACCAGCGCCGCCAGGGCAGGAAUCGCAACAACCACGACAACAGCCAGCACCAUGCGCACCCUAAUCCGAGUGCGUCCGACACUGCGCUAGUGCAAGGCUACAUGAGCGCCGGCCACAAUGAGCAGCAGAACGGAAGAAAGCCAAACCGCUUCGACGGGUCCGUCUCCGACAGCCCGGCCCCUGCGAUGAACAACAAGAAUCGACGUGGCGGCCGUCGCGACCGGCAGCCGACCCCCGCUCAAGGUGGCUCCCCGCCCAAGCAGAACGGCAUGCCAGACGCUGCCACUCCUGCCAAAGACAGCGCUUAUGCCGGCCCCGCAUUCCACGCUUCCCCCGCCGCUUCGUCGCUGCCAAUGCCCAAGUUCUUCUCCAAGUCUGUGCCUGCGAACAAUGCUCCGGCAACUAUGCAAACCCGCCUGGAACAGGAAUCGGACAGUAGUGGUACCAGCGAGAAGAGUGAGUCUCCGCCACUUGCCGGAGCCACACCUGUCAAUCGAAUCCUUGCACGGCCGCAAGCCGAGCAGUCCCCGUUGGAUCUUUUCUUCAAGGCAGACCGCGAGGAGAAGGCGAGAAAGGCCAGCCUCUUGGGCACUGCUACCCCUCCUGGCAAGAGCCCCGCCCCGGUCCAUGCACGCAACCACAUGAGACAUGCUUCAAACAACAACAAACACGGCAUGUUCAACAUGGAGAUGGAUGGUGGUUCAGCGACCACACCGAAGGCGGGUCCCCCCUCUCCAGCUCACCGCAUGUCUGCUACUAGGACGACUUCCGCGCCUUCGGACGUUCCUCGGGCCGCUCAAGAGUCCGAGUCCUACCCCCAAGCUCUGAAGGAUCUGUUUUCUGCUUCCCAGAAACUCGCAGCCCAGUCGCCUCUGGCAACCGGAUUUGCCGGGACUCCGCCCCAGAAUGGCCAGGAUUUCCAUACUCCGUCUCCUUUCUAUCGCCCCAGUCCCGGACCCAGGCAGGUUUCUGGCGGUCCUCGUACUCCUGCAGGCCAGAUCAAUUUGGAGGCGAAUCCUUAUUAUUAUGGUAAUCGCAAUCUCUCGCCUUUGUUCCAGGCCGCAAAGGGCGAUUCCGCCAAGCGUGCCUCGGCCCUUCGUCAGGAGCUGGACUCUUCUCCUUCGACCCACAACCGCGUGGAGCUUCCGGUCACGCACUCGGCACCGCUUCCCGCCACGCCUUCUCGCCCUGCGGGCGGCAAACCCGACCCGUCGGCCUUCUCGCGCGAUUUCUUGAACACGCACAUCCAGGCGGCCGGCGUGCAGGGUUCUCUCGCGCCGCCGUACAGCCACCACCCUGGCUUGAGGUCGCCUUUCACCCACACGGCGGCAUCUGACGUUCCUCGCGACCAGUCCCCUGCUGUCGACACGAAGCUCAUGGAAAAUGAUUUGAAGCGCCUUCUCAAGCUUCAGCUUGUAGAUACGUAA